CGCGUACUCGCCUGCGUGCCACCCAGGACACGCACAAUGGCAGAAGCUAACUGGCGUCAGAACCUCCAAGGCUUCCGCUGGGCCUCGGGCGUCACCGAUGACUCGCAGCAGGCCUCGGAGCAGUCCCCCUUUGCCCGCUUCUCCCAGGCCCUCUCCGGCGGCAUCCCUCUCCGUUCAAACGAGCGCUCAAACGAGGAAGAAGCCUACUUUGCCCUGUCGCGCUGGGAGCGCUUCCUCGGCUUCCUCCUCUGCAUCGCCGGCGCCGCAGCGUGCUUCGCCGUGUCCUUCUUUAUCGGCCUCCCCAUGCUCGCCAUCAAGCCCCGCAAGUUUGCCGUCGCCUUCUCGCUCGGCAGCGUCCUCUUCAUGGUCGGCUUCUCGAUCCUCCAAGGCCCCCUCGCGCACGCCAAGCACAUCUUCUCGAGCGACCGCCUCCCAUUCACGGCCGCCUAUUUUGGCUCCCUCUUCCUCACGCUCUUCUUCGCCCUCGUCAAGCACUCGUACUUUGCGACCCUCAUCUGCGGCGCGGCGCAAUGCGUCGCCCUCGUCUUCUACUUCGUGUCGUACUUCCCCGGCGGGUUUCAGACGCUCUCGUUCGGCUCGAGGAUGGCUUUGCGCGGCGCGGGAUCGUUCCUCCCGGUAUGAGCACACGGUCGAGCACUUGUACAGUAGAUGGCUGCAGUCGGAACCGUUGUCCCCUUUC